GAACAGAGGCAUUCACAACAGUCACAGAUUUCACCAUCUAUAUUACCUUACAGUUGUAAACCAUCUGUGAUAACCAGAGCUACUACCUCAAAGCCAGUUUACCAAACUGCAUCCAUCAAUAGAAAGACUGCUAGUCAUAUCCCAGCUGGUCAUUCUUUCUGGCCCAACAUUCUGUCAAGGCCCCCUGUCGCUCCCAAACCGUCUGUCCAACAACUGUUGCCAUAUGAAUUGCCUGCACUGACUCAAUAUCAACCAAACAUCACAGUGACCAGUACAUCACAGACAAUGAGUUCACCCACCAAUCGGCCCCUUCCAGAAUGGACAAUCACUGCUGUGAACAACACUGGAACAACAGGCAGAUCAGCAGUAUCUGCCCUCCCUGCACCAGUGAUAUAUCCUUGUCCUUCUCCUCUCAAGAUAGCUGUAUCCUCUAGCUCCAAAACAAGUAACCCAGCUGCUACCCUCCCUACACCAGUGAUAUAUUCCUGUCCUAAUAUCAAGAUAGCUCUAUCCACCCCCUCCCCAACAGUCAAGUCAGCAGUAUUUAAUCCCCAGACACCAAUUCAGUCUGUGGAGUCUACACCCUCAUCACCAGUUAUCAAAUAUAACUCCAGACCUGUUACCAUCAUCAAUGCUAGUCAACUUUCAAAGCAACUCUCAGAAGGGAAGUCAUUACGAAUCAACAUAAAGAAAGUGCCACCACCGCAGCCCAAAUCUUGUGUCAUCAUCCAGAAGACUCCAGGACCUGUCAUCAUGGCAAAUGAGGGUAUUCCCAAGUUACCUAUAGCUAGCCGAACUGGACAACAAAAGUCAGUGUUCAAGGUUGUGAAUGUUUCUCAAGCUCCAGGACCAGUUUUAAAUUUAGCCGGAAGAUCUACUGUUGUGCUUACUAAACCAACAACCAACAUAGGGACUACUAUACGUCCUGGAAGCAGAGUGAUAACCAUCAAGCGCCCAGUCACUAUCAAAAUGCCUCCACAUUUUAUCAGAGCACAGCCCAAGACAGCAAACACAGUCGAUCUCAGGCCAGACACAGGCAACCUCACGCUCUCUAAUGGUUUCUCAGAUAUUGGCUCAAAUUCACAACUAGUAAAACAGGGAAAUAAUGAAGAGGUUUUAUCUGUAACACCCACAACCAAAGAGAUGUCAGACGUCGGUCAGAAAAGACCUCAUGAUGAUGAGUCUGAUGAAACAAACCAAGAAAAAUUCAUGAAGUUGGGCUGAAUCCUUGGACAUAACAUGAUCUCAUGAAAAUACCAAAGCAGCAAUAGCUGAUAUGCUAAGUUAGCUUAUCUUGUUUACUCUUUACUUUUUACCUUCAAACUUCAAAAUGAGAUAUCAGAUGUAUAUUGUACAUUUAUUAUUUCUUUUUGAAGUUUAUUUCUCAAAAGUAUUUGUGUUUAGAUUUUAAUGUUCAUGUUUUAAUACUUUGUUUAUUUAUGAUGUUAUCACUAGUUGUUUUUAAGUUUAUGUAGCUUGUUACCAUUUUAUAAACACUGUAUUUAUAUGGAGGUCUACCAAAGAGUACUUAAAGUGCCUUUUAAGAAUUGCUUUUCUUGAUUUGUUAAGUAGUUUGUAACUGUGUAAAGGUUACAGUGUAUUCCAAUAGCUUUAUAAUUAGUUAAAGUACUAAGCCGCCUACCUGUGCUUAAUAUAUUUUCUUUUUGGCUGUCUUAUUUAAAACUAAACAUCAUGCUAUGAAACACGUUUUAACUUUAUUUGAAAACGUAAACUUAACUGCAACAAAAUAAUUUUAAAAACCCAAUUCUUGUCUCUGUAUUGCAAUUCUUUCAAUUUAUUACAUAUUUUACUCUAGAUCUGUGCAGUUAUUUAAUUUUAAUUACAGCAUGAAUUUUUUAUUGUCACCACUAAAUAAAAUGGGGAUAGUUCAUUUCCUUAAAUGAACUACGAAAACCAUAAACAUUUUUUUUUAAAUUCCAAAUGCAAUGAUAACUUAGUGAUAAUACAGACAAAAAUAAAAUAUAAUAGAAGUGAUAAACAUGUGAUAAAGAUAUCUUUCUCUCAUAUAAUGUAGUUUAUGGUGUUUAAGUAUUCACUUUAGACUUCAAAAUCCAGAAUAAAUAGUUCUGGAUUGUUGUGUUUUCCUCUUCCUUUAAAAUCUCUUUCCUCCAACGUAGUUAAGUUGUUUUAUAUUUUGUUAACUGGAAUAGUACAAAAAAAGUAUAAAUAUUUUAAUUUUUGUUCAACAUGUAUAUUACACAUAUAAAAGAUAUAGUCACAAUGUUGUUUGGAUUUACUUACAUCUUACACACGGUGUUUUCUUUUGGAU